UGGAGAUAUCCGAGAAGACGCAUCUGCGUUGUGGCUUGUAGGUGCACGAGCAUAAUUUCCCUUAAGGUUGGCAGAAAAGCAGUCGCCAAAUAUCGACUAUUGGCCACCAUGAUAUUACCGGCACUUUUACUGGGCUCAUCUUUCCUAUUAGCGUUCUGCAACCAGCAAGUUGACCAGCAAUUUCUAUUACCACCAUUUCCAGAACAAAGAUGCAAAUUGAAUUAUAAAAUAUAUGUGAAUCGUACAUAUAUACCUACAUACGUUGAUAACUGCACCUGUAUUCUGCGGAGAGGUAAACUAGGAAUGUAUCCAAACGGCACGCAUUGCAAAAUGGUGGCCGUUGGAUACGACGGAGAAUACGCCAAUAGAGCAGGAAAGUGUCAAGAUGGCAAGUGUACUCUACCCAACGUACCACAUGGAUGCGCAGGAGUGUUGCCUCCGCAGAAGAGAGCAAAUGAGCGUCCGCAGCUAGGAUGCACAUAUCUUUGCUUCAAUAAGACUCAAAACAGGGUAGAGUUUGGCUAUCACAAAGAAGGAACCCGUUGUAUGCACUAUAACAACGAAUCAACGAUCGAGACAACCUGCAAAAAACACGGAACUGAAAUACUUUGCCGAGAAAAGGUGGAGAAUGCUCCAGGGUGUUAACUCAAGAACCAGGUACCUCUUCAUUUUGUAAGAAAUAAAUGUAGCUCACAAC